ACCCGUUUUACUAAACCCGGAAUUCCGGAAAGGCAAUUUUAGGCAAUCCCAGUAACGGCGUAUUAACGGUAGCACGGGAGCGAAAACGGAAAUAGGACAGAACAACGCGGGUCUCGUCCCUCUGAUCAUUCAAACCAAAUUUAGCCUCCAUUUAUCCAGAUCUUGAUCGGACAAUGUUUCUCGUACACUACAAUUGAAGAUUCAAGCUCAAAGACAAACCUUUAAUCAUCGCCGGAACGGCUCUACUCGAUUCCGAAAUUCCGAUCAUUUGCAGGGACUAUGCGGUUGUGUUGUGUAGUGUAGAUAUUUAAGUGAUCUGCUGAGGAUUUUAAAAUGCACCACGCUCCGACGACUCUAGAAGACCAGCUUAUACUAAAAGCGAUCAAGGAAGAAUGCCCUUGGGAAAACCUUCCAAAGCGGCUUCAAGCUACUUUGAAUUCUACGGAAGAAUGGCACAAAAGGAUAAUCGACCAUUGCUUAAGGAGGAGACUCCAAUGGAACAGUUGUUUUGCUCGUAAAGUAUGCAAAGAAGGUGAAUACUAUGAAGAAAUGAUGCGGUAUCUCCGAAGGAAUUUAGCGUUGUUUCCGUAUCAUCUUGCUGAGUACAUUUGCCGUGUGAUGCGGGUGUCUCCUUUCAGAUACUACUGUGAUAUGUUAUUUGAAGUCAUGAAAAAUGAGCAACCUUAUGACAGCAUCCCAAAUUUUAGUGCUGCAGAUGCACUGCGUCUCACUGGUAUUGGAAGAAACGAAUUCAUUGACAUUAUGAACAAGUGUAGAUCUAAGAAAAUUAUGUGGAAGCUGAACAAAUCAAUCGCAAAAGAACUAUUGCCUACACAACCAGUGGACUUUGUAAUUGAGCCAUGGUGGGGCGUUUGUCUUGUCAACUUUACUUUGGAAGAAUUUAAGAAACUGACAGAAGAAGAAAUGGCAACAAUUGAUAAAAUUUGUAAGGAGGAAGUGAAUUCAUUCAUUCUUUUUGACCCUGAAGUGGUAAAGGGACUUUAUCGACGUGGACUGGUCUACUUUGAUGUUCCUGUAUAUCCUGAUGAUCGUUUUAAAGUUUCCAGACUUGAAGGUUUUGUUUCAAACAGGGAGCAGUCCUAUGAAGAUCCUAUUGAGGAGUUGCUCUAUGCUGUUUUUGUGGUGUUGAGUGAGAAUUCAACUGUUGCUGAAUUAGCUGCAACUUUACAGGCCGACCUUUCUCAGCUUCAGGCAGCUUCUUCUUUUGCUUGCCGAUUGGGGUGGGCUAUAAAACUACUAGAUCCAGGAUCUAUUCUGCAAGACACCAAUACACCUGGCUCACCCAAAAGUAGCAUUAAUGAUGAAGAAGAUGGAUCUCGUGCUUCUCUAAGCUCUGGAAAUAUGCCCACUGAUGGCAGUGGCUUCAUGCAUGGAGACAUUCCCUGGACAGAAAAUCAAUGUGCCACUUCUGGUUAUACCCGUGUUGCCUUUCUUGUGGAUGCUAAUAUUACAUCAUAUCUUAUGAUGGGAUCUGUUUCACCAGGUCUAAAAUCUCAUGCAGUGACACUAUAUGAAGCAGGAAAACUUGGCCAUGAUAGCAUUGCAGAUCUUUGUAUGGAUUUGAGCACAUUAGAGGGAGCAAAAUUCGAAGGAGAACUGCAGGAGUUUGCCAAUCAUGCAUUUAGUCUCCGGUGUGUCUUGGAGUGCUUAACAUCAGGUGGGGUUAAAACUGAUGAUGGAGUCAAGGAUGGCAUUCCGUCUUGUAUCAACCCUGAUGCCACUUCCUUGGUGGUAGGGACUCCUUCAACCACCAUAUCAGGGGAUUUUGGUACGUGUGUAUCUGAGCUAACUGCUGAUGAUUAUGCUUCUACUGGAUCACCCAAAGAGAAUCCUGAUGCUUAUCAAUCUACAGUUGGAAGUGUUGCUGGUGAUAAUCCAUUGGAGACUACAUCUGAAGAGAAUGAUAAUUUUGCUGGGGAUUCUAGAUCAGAGCUUACUUCCCAACUUGAGGAAAAAAUGGUAACUAAUGGAAGUGUAGAUGUUGGGAAGGGAGCAAUGACACAGAGAAGAUAUCGUGUUGAUGUUCUCCGCUGUGAAAGCCUGGCUGCUCUCUCACCAGCAACUUUGGAUCGUCUAUUUCUGCAUGACUAUGACAUUGUUGUAUCCAUGGUUCCGCUUCCCACUUCAGCAGUUUUGCCUGGAUCAAAAGGUCCUCUUCAUUUUGGACCUCCCUCCUAUUCCUCUAUGACACCCUGGAUGAAAUUGAGCCUGUAUUCAACUAUGGGUAGUGGACCUCUAUCAGUUGUUUUAAUGAAAGGGCAGUGCUUAAGGACGCUUCCUGCACCAUUAGCAGGCUGUGAGAAGGCCCUUGUAUGGUCAUGGGAUGGAUCUUCUGUUGGUGGGUUAGGGGGGAAAUCUGAGGGAAAUUUAGUUAAAGGGAGUGUACUUUUGCAUUGUUUGAAUUCCCUUCUCAAAUAUUCAGCUGUGCUUGUCCAGCCUCUCAGCAGAUAUGACCUUGAUGAGGGUGGAAGAAUUGUUACUUUGGAGAUUCCCUUACCAUUGAUGAACUCUGAUGGUUCAACGGCUAACAUAGGGGAGGAAAUGGGACUGCACCCUGAAGUAAUUUUCAAUUUGAACUCUCUAUUAACUGAUCUUGCAAAUAAAUUGAACAUUUGGAGCAUCGGUUAUAUUCGCUUAAUAAGACUUUUCAAAGAAAAAGUUGCAGAAAGUUUUGCACAUAAUGCUCAGUAUGAAUGGGUUCCAGUGAGUGUAGAAUUUGGUAUUCCACUAUUUAGUCCAAAGUUAUGCAGUGACAUAUGUAAGAGGGUCGUUUCAUCACAAUUACUCCAAAUGGACUUAUUUACUGAGCAUCACGAUGCCAUGCAAGAGUUACGAAUGAGGUUGCGUAAUGUAUGUGAUGAAUACCGAGCAACAGGUCCAGCAGCAAGGCUACUUUACCAAAAAGAGCAAUCCAAGGAACAAUCAUCUCGGAAGCUUAUGACUUAUGCAAGUGGUAGGUGGAACCCUCUUGUGGAUCCUUCCUCUCCCAUUUCUGGAACCAUGAGUGAACAUCAGAGGUUAAAACUUGCUAGCAGAAGCCGUUGUCGAACAGAGGUUUUGAGCUUUGAUGGCAAAAUAUUGAGAUCUUAUGCUCUAACUCCUGUUUAUGAGGCUGCAACAAGAAUAGUUGAAGAAUCCUCCUCAACAAGUACUGUUAAGAUUGAGUCAGAUGAUGCUGAGAGUAAAGAAGUAAUUCAUCCUGGAGUCAAUCUUCUAUUUGAUGGAUUUGAGUUGCUCCCUUUCGACAUAGGUGCUUGUUUGCAGGCUCGUCAACCUGCCUUUUUGAUUGCCGAAGCCUCAGCAGCAUCAGUAAAUUCUGCAGUUAAAUAGUGCUAACCCUGGAAUCUUAUUUGGUCAUCUUAGAUAGGGGUUGUCCUCUCAAUAUACCUACAGAAGUAGGCUAUUGUUUGCUUUGGCAGAGUACUCACUUGACGAUUGUUGACUUCACUAUUUAUGGGUUGACAUGAUGAACAACGAGUUAAGGAAAGAUGCCGAGUUGUUUUGCAGGUGGCGUUUUGGAUUUGUAAAGUUGUGCUUAGUGCUGUUAAUUAUUAUAUAGACAUGCUGAUUGGCUGAAGAGAAAACUGAAAGGAUUUACUGAGAUAUAAUGCCCUGUUUAUUGUGCGGACUUUAUACAAUCAGCGUGUUUUCUAUACGGUGUUUUGAACAAGAAAAGACAUGGAAGUUUUGUGAUUCUUAUAUUCAUCAAAUCAAAAUAUUUGCAUAUAGUUUUAGAAACAGGAGUGUGUCAUUCGGCUUUUGUUUUUAUUUUCUGUGACAGAUAAUGUAUGAAAUGAUGGAAGACGCUGAAAUCAGAGAAUAAUUGUGUCAUAUACGUUUACUUGUCCUUCAGAUAUAUUAUUCAUUAUUGUGAUGAAGAAAA